CCAAGUCUCAUACUGCUUUCACACGCGAUACGCGACCGGAAAACGACAUGGGCUGCUCUCAAGGGAGCGGUGUGGCCGUGGUGGCCGUGAUCCCGAGUCGUGCGCAUAGUUUGGCAGAAUUUGACUUUGACAAAGAUGGGAAACUUCUUACAUCAGAUGCCUGCUUGAACUGCAUUGACCAGGAUGGACACCUUAUGUCGGAACAUGCGUCCAUCAAGUUUAACGAGCCUCGCCACAGCUUCCACUCUAUGUCCUGCGAAAACACGGGUGGUGUGCCGAUGCCACCUAUCGCUCCCACCCAGCGGUGGCAUGAGUGUAAACUUGAUAAGUUUUUGAAGAAGAUGUGCGAGGAUCCCCAGAAGUUACCCCAGCGUGUGAACCUGCGCCGGACCGAACUGGAGCGCCGAAGAUGAUGUCGGAGGUGACGAUGAUUUUUUGAAGUUGC